AUGGAGAAUGUUCUGAUGCCUCGUCCGAAGUCCUUUGAUCCUGAUGCCGUGCUCGCGAAGGCGAUGGGUGUCUUUUGGGAGAAGGGGUACGAUGCGGCGAGUAUUUCUGAUCUGACGGCGGCGAUGGGGAUCAAUCGAUUCUCGCUGUAUGACACAUUUGGAGAUAAGCAUGAGCUGUAUCUCAAGGCACUCGAUGCGUAUUCGCAGAAUGUGGUCGGUGCGAUGGUCGAGCGGGUGAAUGGGAUUCAGACGAUCGAUGAUCUAGAGGCGUUGUUUUGUGCGAUCAUCGAGUUUCAGCAUUCUGGAGAGUGCUCGCCUUGCUGCAUGAUGCAUCGUGCGGCGAUCUCUCUUGCGGCGGUUGAUGAGGAAGCUCGCAAGCGUGUAGAGCAGGCGCGGGAACGAUUCCAUGGUGCGUUUCAUGAUGCUCUGGAGCGGAUCAAGCGCGCCGGAGAACUCAAGCAAGACCUUGAUCUGAAUCAGGCAGCGUGGCAACUCAUUAUCGCGAAAUCCGGGCUCGCGAGCUACAACGGCACGCCGGUUCCGGAGGAGCAAGCAAAGGGUGCUGUGCGCUUCAUGAUUGAGCAGUUCAAGGCUGAAAGGGAUUUGAACAUGAUCAACGGAUUUACACUGACCGAUCCAUCCACAGCGAGCGGCGAGCGGCUUGAAGUCUUUAAGAAGGCUGAGCAGGGGUUUGGGUUUGUCCCAAACAUCGUCAACGCGUUUUCGGAGUCGCCGGCGCUUGCGGACGCGAUGCUUGGUUUGUACUCCAAGAUGGGGCAGACUGGUUUCAGUGAGACUGAAUCCCAUGUCGUGCUGCAGACGAUUAAUGUGCUCAAUGAGUGUGUGUACUGCGUGCCGGCGCAUUCAACGAUUGCGCGGAGCAAGGGGGUCGAAGUCUCAGUUGAUGAAUCGCUUCGGAAUGCGGAGGUGCUGAACGAUCCGAAGCUCGAGGCGCUCCGCGUGUUUACUACGCAGAUGGUUGAGCAGCGCGGUCACCUCGAAGAUGGGCAGUUCGAGUCGUUUAUCGAGUCCGGCUGGAGCAAACGAGCGGCGCUCGAUGUCGUGUAUCUCUUAACUGUCAAGACACUCACCAACUACGGCAAUCACAUCGCGGGGACAGAUCUGGAUGAGAAGUUCCAGGGACUUGCGUGGGAACCAAAGCGUGCAGCGGUUGGUGCGUGA